GUUAUGCAAUGGUAUCUGCAAGAUGGCAUGUUCUUGAGUUGGAGCUUUUUUUUAAGGCAAGCAGACGCUGGUACUUCAACUUUACUAAGUGGACUAUAAUUUCUUCUCUCACAACAACUACAUAAGCAGACAAAAUUGCAAAGAUCUGCCCUGUGUCGAGUAUGACAGCCACGACCCGUGGCUCUCCGGUAGGAGGGAAUGAUAGCCAGGGCCAGGCUCCUGAUGGACAGUCCCAGCCUCCCCUCCAGCAGAAUCAGACUUCUUCACCUGAUUCUUCCAAUGAGAACUCCCCAGCAACCCCGCCUGAUGAGCGGGGCCAAGCAGAUGCUCCACUCCAACUUGAAGAUGAGGAGCCUGCAUUUCCACACACAGACCUGGCAAAAUUAGAUGACAUGAUCAACAGGCCUCGAUGGGUUGUUCCUGUAUUGCCGAAAGGGGAAUUAGAAGUUCUUCUAGAAGCUGCUAUUGACCUAAGUAAAAAAGGCCUUGAUGUCAAAAGUGAAGCAUGCCAGCGAUUUUUUCGAGAUGGGUUAACAAUAUCUUUCACAAAAAUCCUUACAGAUGAGGCAGUGAGUGGCUGGAAGUUUGAGAUUCACAGAUGUAUUAUUAAUAACACUCAUCGACUAGUGGAACUCUGUGUGGCCAAGCUGUCCCAAGAUUGGUUUCCCCUUCUUGAACUUCUUGCCAUGGCCUUAAAUCCUCACUGCAAAUUCCAUCUAUACAAUGGUACUCGCCCCUCAGAAACUGUUCCUGCAGGAGUCCAGCUUGCUGAAGAUGAACUUUAUGCCCGUCCUCCUGACCCACGAUCACCAAAGGGUUGGCUAGUAGAUCUUAUCAACAAAUUUGGCACGUUAAAUGGAUUUCAGAUCUUGCAUGAUCGCUUUAUGAGUGGAUCAGCAUUGAAUGUUCAGAUAAUUGCAGCUCUCAUCAAGCCAUUUGGACAAUGUUAUGAAUUUCUAACAUUACAUACGGUGAAGAAGUAUUUCCUUCCAAUUAUAGAAAUGGUUCCACAAUUUUUAGAAAAUUUAACAGAUGAUGAACUGAAAAAAGAAGCAAAGAAUGAAGCCAAAAAUGAUGCUCUGUCAAUGAUAAUCAAAUCUCUAAAGAACUUAGCUUCAAGAGUUCCAGGACAGGAAGAAACUGUAAAAAAUUUAGAAAUAUUUAGGUUAAAAAUGAUACUUAGGUUGUUACAAAUUUCUUCUUUCAAUGGUAAAAUGAAUGCACUAAAUGAAGUUAACAAAGUAAUAUCCAGUGUGUCAUAUUAUACUCAUCGACAUGGUAAUCCUGAAGAGGAAGAAUGGCUUACAGCUGAAAGAAUGGCAGAAUGGAUCCAGCAGAAUAAUAUCCUGUCAAUUGUGUUGAGAGACAGUCUUCAUCAACCUCAGUAUGUGGAGAAGUUAGAAAAAAUUCUUCGUUUUGUCAUCAAAGAGAAAGCCCUCACUUUGCAGGAUCUUGACAACAUUUGGGCUGCGCAGGCAGGAAAACAUGAAGCCAUUGUGAAAAACGUACAUGACCUCCUAGCAAAAUUAGCUUGGGAUUUCUCUCCUGAACAGCUUGAUCACCUGUUUGAUUGUUUUAAGGCAAGUUGGACAAAUGCAAGCAAGAAGCAACGUGAGAAGCUACUUGAGUUAAUUCGUCGUCUUGCAGAGGAUGACAAGGACGGUGUGAUGGCACACAAAGUGCUGAACCUUUUGUGGAAUUUGGCUCAUAGUGAUGAUGUACCAGUUGAUAUCAUGGACCAGGCUCUUAGUGCCCAUAUUAAAAUCUUAGAUUACAGCUGUUCACAGGAUCGAGAUACACAAAAGAUCCAGUGGAUAGAUCGCUUUAUAGAAGAGCUUCGCACAAAUGACAAAUGGGUCAUUCCUGCACUGAAACAAAUUAGAGAAAUUUGCAGUUUGUUUGGUGAAGCACCACAAAACUUAAGUCAAACUCAGCGAAGUCCCCACGUGUUUUACCGACAUGACUUAAUCAAUCAGCUUCAGCACAAUCAUGCCCUAGUUACAUUGGUUGCAGAAAAUCUCUCCGCCUAUAUGGAAAGCAUGAGGCAGUAUGCUAAAGAGCAUGGUGAAUAUGAUCCUCAAACUGUAAGACCAGGAAGCAGGUACAGUCAUGUGCAGGAAGUACAGGAGCGACUUAACUUCUUACGAUUUUUAUUGAAGGAUGGUCAGCUGUGGCUCUGUGCCCCUCAGGCGAAGCAAAUAUGGAAGUGUUUAGCUGAAAAUGCGGUUUAUCUUUGUGAUCGCGAAGCCUGUUUUAAAUGGUAUUCCAAACUAAUGGGGGAUGAACCAGACUUAGACCCUGACAUUAAUAAGGACUUCUUUGAAAAUAAUGUGCUUCAGCUGGAUCCUUCCCUAUUAACAGAAAAUGGAAUGAAAUGUUUUGAACGUUUCUUCAAAGCUGUGAACUGUCGAGAAGGAAAGCUAGUAGCAAAGAGACGAGCCUAUAUGAUGGAUGAUCUGGAGUUAAUAGGAUUAGACUACCUUUGGAGGGUUGUGAUUCAGGGAAAUGACGACAUCGCAAACAGAGCAAUAGAUCUUCUUAAAGAGAUCUAUACUAAUCUUGGCCCAAGGUUACAAGUUAAUCAGGUAGUGAUUCAUGAAGACUUCAUUCAGUCCUGCUUUGAUCGUCUAAAAGCCUCGUAUGAUACAUUAUGUGUGUUGGAUGGAGAUAAAGACAGUAUCAAUUGUGCAAGACAAGAAGCAAUACGAAUGGUGAGAGUGUUGACUGUUUUAAGAGAGUAUAUAAAUGAAUGUGACAGUGAUUACCACGAAGAGAGGACUAUUCUACCGAUGUCAAG